AUGCUGGGUCCACGUUUGCUCCGUCCAGCAUCCUCGCUGGUGCGGCCUUUCACCUCAUCCGCCGUGGCCUUUCGUUCCCCCUCCAUCAGAGAUGUAACAGCUGACUCCGCCGCGGAGUUCAAUCGGCGACAGAAGGAGUUUCGCGAGAACCUUGAAGAGGCUCGCAAGAGAAAGGAACAGCAAGAGAGUCAGUCUGUCAAUGCUUCUGCCUCUUCCCCUACCCGUGAGUCCGCUCCCACUGCUCCGCAUGUGAGCAAUGCGAGCACCGUUGAGCGAGUUCGCCCUGCAUUUGACGCGGCCGAUGCUCUGGAUCAAAAGGCACUAGGCUCACUCGCCAUGCACCGUUAUCUAGGAGACGAAGAAGCGCAGGAAAGCUCAAACAAGCGUGGGCCCCUGUCGUCGCUCAUCUACGGUACUAAGGAAGGCCAGCAUUUCGAUAAGGAUAUCGAGCGAUCGUUUUCGCAGGUACUGGCUCGCGGCAAGUACGUUCAUUCGGUCGUUUUUCACGAUGUCAAGCCCGAUAAGGUCGAUGAAUAUGUCGAUCUCGUGGGCCAGUGGUACCCUCGCAUGGCUGGAACGGAAGAGAACCGGGUCAACCUAGUGGGAAGCUGGCGCACGCAAGUUGGCGACAAUGAUACCUUUGUUCACAUUUGGGAAUACCAGCGCUAUGAGGGCUACCACGCUUCUUUGCACAACAUCUCCGAGCACCCCGGAUUCCGCGAUUUUGACCGCAAGCUCAAAAGCUUAAUCAAGAGCAAGAAGACUUCUCUCAUGCAAGAGUUCUCGUUCUGGCCUACCACCCCGCCCCGCCGCCUCGGCGGACUGUUCGAGCUUCGAUCCUACACCCUGCACCCAGGCAACCUGCUAGAGUGGGAGACCCACUGGCGUCGGGGUCUGUCUGCCCGACGAGAGGUCAUGGAGGGUGUAGGCGCGUGGUUUGUUCAAAUUGGAGACCUGAACACCGUUCACCAUCUGUGGCAGUUUGCCAAUUUGGAAGAGCGCAAGAUCCGACGUGAGCAGUCGUGGGGUGUUGAGGGAUGGGCUGAGACUGUGCACAAGACCGUUCCUCUCAUCCAGUCGAUGCAAAGUCGGAUUCUUGUCCCGAUGCCCUGGAGCCCUGUCGGUUAA